GGUUUUGAAAUGAUUCUGCGCAGAAGUCGGGGAAAUGGAAAAGCCAAGCUACGCAACACGAUAUUGGCUGGUUUUCUUCCGAGCAGCUCCACUGUGACGUUCAGCCUUUUUCGACGUCCUCCAAAGAUGAUGUUCCCUGGCAUGCUUCGCGAGGCCCCGAAGGAGCCUCUGUCUCCCAAGUGGAGGCUCGUUCUGCGAGUCGUCGGGUUUGUCGGGGUUUGUGUGUUAAUUGCUAAAUGCGCGGACCUAGCCGACAUGCCCGAGAACAACCGGCUUGCGUAAAGACGAAAAUGGCUUCUCGGCAAGGAGCAGAGACCAAAGCGGGGGGGUUGAAGCGGACGCAGAAAACUGUAAAGACGCAAGCAAGCCAAGCCAAGAAACUGGCGAAUGCAAAAGAUACCGGUGUGUCUGAGGGAUGAAGCGGCGGAAAAUAAACUCGUUAAAAAUGCGCCAAUAUGGUGGCAGAGGGGAACUGCAUCAAUUCCUCUAGAGAGUCGGCGAGAGUUUGAAAAAUUGUUGCUUUGAACAGAACCGUGGUUGUUUUUGCGCAGUGUCAGUAAACUUUCCUCCGGACGCCAAUCAUUUUGUAGCCGUCAAAGGGUGUCGACCGGAUAUUCACCGUUCUGCGCUGUGCGAGACUGCACCGACCUUCUUUCUUGUGCAACACGCUGAGACGUUGCCCGUUACGUGGACAUCUUUGAGGUGCGCAGUUUGUCUGCGAGAAAAAGAAACGU